CGGGGAUAAUGUACCUGCACGUGCGUUCAUUCGUUAGAGACAGAACCGUUGGCCCUGAAUUCGACCCUAAAUCCCGGUCCUGACGUGCAGCGGUCCUGACCACUGUGCUCCGGUUAGAGUCCCCGGUUACAGGAGACAACCCCCGGCUGUAGCGCGGAUUGAAGCAGGUUGGAGAUUUGCUUUAAAGUUUAAACCAAGAGCUAAAACUAGCUAACGUCGUUAGCAUGACAGAAGGAAUGGACCAUACCAAGCGUCUAAGUUACUACAAUGAGCAGCUUGACGACCGAGCUGAACGCUACACGAAGCAGACCCAUCUCCCCUGAGUCUGAGAAGCCCCCACCAAACUGCUGUCAUGAUGUCCCUGAAUGCCACAUGGAGGUUUCUGUUCAGACGGCGCCCUACACUGACUUCACUGUACUCAGCAUCAGCAAUCCUCCCCAUCAGGACAUGAGCUCAGCUGCAGCGUUGGAUCCUUUCAACCACAGCAGGACCCAUGCCCCAUGUCAGCCUCCCCUCAGUCAGCUGACCGCGGCAGAGUGUCCGACGCCCCAGCUGGACCAGUAUGACCCGCUCACAGGCCCUGCUCCUGGUCCAUCAGACGGUAGCUCAGCUGCAGCCAUGUGGAUUUCUGAAGGAACCUUUCUGUCCGGCGGCAUGGUCAGAUCAAACGCUCAGAACCUUGAUGGAUGGACUGGCGCUCGGUUCAUGUGUUCCCAGGUUGACUCCCACCAGCUUGUAACUGUGGAUGUGGAUAGCCAGUGGUUUGGGGAGGGUCUGUUUGAAGCCUCCUCUCACAUCACACAUCAGGUGCUGUGUGGUGAUGGAGGAGGGCCUCCGCUACCUCCCUCUCAGCCGGGGUUUUGGACUCUGUUGCCAAAUGAUUGUGCCUCUGCAGGGAAAGGAGAUGACAACAUAUCUGAAACUCCUCCCCAGCUUCAGCCGGCACACUCUCGGGGUGACGGCGGCAUUCAAACCGCUGACGGACGAUCUACUGCCUCAGCACAGAGAACCCUCAGACUCGAGUGUGAAUCCAGACCCAGAAAAACCUGCCACUGCACCAAGUCCCGCUGCCUCAAACUGUACUGCGACUGUUUCUCCAGCGGAAUGAUGUGCAGCAGCUGCAACUGCAUUAACUGCCACAACAACGCGGAGAAUGAAAGCCAGCGGCAUGAGGCAAUCAAGCUGUGUUUAGGUCGGAACCCUGGAGCCUUCAGGUCCAAAGGUUCUGCUGGGGCGUUUGCUGAAUCCAGAGGUUGGCCUGGCAGAGGCUGCAGCUGCAGACACUCUGGGUGUCUGAAGAAGUACUGCGACUGUUACGAGGCCAAUGUCAAGUGCACAUCCAGCUGUAGGUGUGUUGGCUGCUGUAACUAUGACAACCGUGGCGGUGCAGCAGAACUGGUCUCUGCUGUCGGGGUGGAGACUGUGUGCCAGUCUCUGAUGGGUCAGGCUCUUCACGCUGAACAGAGAUCCCUGAGCGCAGCUGCAGCCGAGCGCCUCCUCUUAGAGCAGUUUGGACGUCACUUGGCUCAGAUGGUCAAGAAACUCUAAAACCGCCUGGAGUGACAUUGAAUUGCACCUGUCCUGUCAGGUGAAGCCCCUUUACUGCAUGAGUGCUCUGCUGAAACUCUGUUCCUUAGGUUUGUAGUAAAAGGAGCUGAUCUUCAAGGCUUUUCUUAUUUAUUAUCCAAUCCACAGAGCAAAAGUUAUGCUUUAAAACUGCUGAGCAGUAAGUAUUGACAUGAGAAAUACUUUAUCAUUGUAUUUAUUUUCAUUGUAUUUAUUGUACUGCAGCCUUGUAACAUUGCUGAUUUAACUGUCUUUAAUAAUAGUAUGUUUAUGUUUUGCAUAUUUAUUCAUGUGCGGUUUCACUCCUGUUCUGAGUGAGAUGCUGCACGGAAAACAGACCCACUCCAAUGAAAAGGGUGUUUUUGUUUGCUUUUAACAUGUUCUUGUAAUAUUUUUCUGGAGGACAUAUG